AUGCUCUCACCACGAAAUCACGACGAAUCAGGGCACACCUACGUGAAUCCAGAAGUACCGUUGAACAUCGGUUUAUGGACAUUGUAUGCUGGUGCGACUGCCUUUCUCGCGUUGCGCGUAUGGAUCAAGAUCACAAGGCGCCAUGGACUAUGGUGGGAUGACUGGAUUCUGCUCGUGACCUGGAUUGUUCUGUCUGUAAACAACACUAUCAUCACAAUCGAGUAUGCGACAGGCUAUGUCGUCGACAAGUGGGAUGACCGCAUGCAGAUCCUCAUCAAUGUGACUUCAUGCGGCACCCUCAUAGGACAGGCCCUGAGCAAAACAGCAUUCGCUGUGACAUUGUUGAAACUUACCAAGGGUUGGCCACGAUGGAUCCUCUGGUUCUGUAUCGUCACCAUGAACGCCUACAUGAUCGUCAAGUGCGUCUUCCAAUGGGCGAGAAUCAUUGACAAGCCAAGCUACGAGGUCUGGUACCGACUCAACUUCCAUCUGGACUGGACUUUUCGCGAAAACUUCAAAGAAGGUGGCAAUGUUUAUAACAUCAUCAUGGACUUUGUCAUGGCUACCUUCCCAUGGCUCAUUACCUGGAAACUAGAUAUGCGCAAAGUCGAAAAGAUCGGUUUAUGCUUGACCAUGAGCCUGGGCAUGAUUGUGGCAAUUAUCGCCGCUAUUCGAACUGGCUGGAAGGACGGCGGCAACCCCAAAGACGAAUGGUAUUUUUGGCGAAACGCACACUCAAACAUCUGGUACUCCUCCGAGAUCGUGGGCACAAUCAUCGUGCAGUGCAUUCCAGUUUUGCGACCACUCAUUCGCGACAUCCACACCUCCUUGACCUCAAAAAAACUCGCUUCGCACGGAGCAGACACCACCGCCGGCCACAGCAAGAUGCCUUCGGGGUACAUGAACAGCAACCACAACGCAAGAGCGUACUCUGAUGCGAAGGGGACUACAGUCAACGAUGACUCGUCACCAGACUCCUGGGACAAUCAAGGCAUAUACACAAAAAAGGACUUUGAAUUGACCACUGUGGAACGCAGCCCACAGUCGAUGGUUUAG